AUGGCCGUCUCCACCUCCACCUCCACGCUCCCACUCCUCUUCCUCCACCGCUCCACCGCAAGCCCGAACCCCUCGGCGCUCUCCUUCGCCUCCUCCCUCCGCGCGUCCCCGCUGCGCUCCCGCGCCUCCGCCUCCGCCGCCCCGCCAGCUGAGACCCUCGCCGACGACCUGCCCUCCGACACGCCCCCGGUUGGGGAGGGGUCGGGAAUUCCGAUGCCGUCGUCGAUUGGGGAGGAUGGGGAGGAGUUGCUGUUUGGUGCUACUGCCGGGAAAGAAACUGUUCCAAGGGCACGUGCACAGUUGCACUCCUCCUUCAGUGAUUCCUUUGAUGUAUCUCAAGAGAGGAUAGUGAUAACGAACAGUUCUGGAGAGAAACUCAUUGGUGUUUUGCACGAAGCUGGAUCUAAGGACAUUGUAGUGUUAUGCCAUGGGUUUAGGUCAUCAAAGGAAAGUAGAACCAUAAUGGGUCUUACUGAUGCAUUAACAUCAGAGAAGAUUAGUGUAUUUCAGUUUGAUUUUUCUGGCAAUGGAGAAAGUGAAAGUACAUUUCAGUAUGGCAACUACUACAAAGAGGUGGAUGAUUUGCAUAGUGUAAUCCAGCAUUUUAAGGAACACAAGCGUGAUACUCGUGCUAUUGCUGGCCACAGUAAGGGAGGAGAUGUGGUCAUCAUCUAUGGGUCCAUGUAUCAAGAUGUAUCUCGUAUUAUCAACAUAUCGGGCAGAUUUGAUCUGAAACGUGGAAUUGCAGAUCGUCUUGGCAGUGACUAUAUGGAAAGGAUAAAUCAACAUGGUUUCAUUGACGUGGCACAGAAGACAGGACAGUUCAUGUACCGUGUAACCAAAGAAAGUCUGAUGGAUCGUCUUAGGAUAGAUAUGCAAAGUGCAUGCAUGUCUAUUGACCCUAAUUGCAGGGUCCUGACAGUUCACGGUUCUGAAGAUGAUGUUGUGCCAUCGGAGGAUGCUCUGGAAUUUCAUAAAUAUAUAGGCAACCAUGAAUUGCAUAUUAUUGAGGGAGCUGAUCAUAGAUAUUCAUCUCAUCAGCUUGAGUUGGCUAACAUUCUGGCACCCAAACAGAAGAUCAGAAUCAAGCUGAGGUCUUACUGGGUGCCAUUGAUCGAGGACUCCUGCAAGCAGAUCAUUGAAGCUGCAAAAACAACUAAUGCCAAGACCAUGGGUCCUGUUCCUCUGCCGACCAAGAAGAGAAUAUACUGUGUGCUCAACUCUCCCCACGUGCACAAAGAUUCAAGGUUCCACUUUGAGAUCCGGACACACCAGCGGUUGAUUGAUAUCAUAUACCCGACCGCCCAGACGAUUGACUCGUUGAUGCAGCUCCAGCUUCCCGCGGGGGUGGAUGUCGAGGUUAAGCUAUGA